UAUUUGUUUAAGUUCAACCAAUUAAGAAAACAAUUACAGUCGAUAAUCACAGUUUACUUUUCUUCAUGACAUAUUUGGUGUAUUUGAAUACACUGAACAGAUUGUGCGUGAAACAUCAAAUGGUUUAGAAAGUCAAUAUUUAUUUUGUGGAAUAAGACCAUGAUAGAGCUGUAUUUUUUUCGUUCUCGUCUCGAAUUAAUGAAGUGACAAAUAAUUGACGAAAGUAAAAAUAAUAUUGACAUAGACUUAAAGUCUUGAGUAAACUUUUUGCAGCACUCGGUAUAUGAGAAAUGUUUGAAGAGGUUUCAUUGCUGAACUGCGACUUUAAAGGGACAUGCCUCCAGAUAAACGUGAUAAUUUAAAAAUAAUUAAUUCGGAUAGCAAUUGAAAUUAGAUGCCCAAACAUUGUAAAUCAAUAUUUUUAGAUAGGUGUUUUGAUGUGCAUGUUACAAAGUAGGCCUACAGCUAGAUUUCUUUAUUUUUUUUAUCAGAUUUCAUGAGUGUUUUUUGUUACAUAUUUUAUUGUUUGAAAAGUUAUUUCUGGAGAUAACAUGUUCCCAAAACGUACGGAAUCACUUCAUAAUGUCUUUCUAUUGCAAUAAUGAACUACAGAAAGUGUUUUUUUAAUUUCGGAAGAUUUGACAAAUGUCUGCAGCAUGCAAAAAUACUCCGCGAAAGAACUCGCGCAUAUAUAACGAUGAAUACUUAUUUAACAGUUUAGAUGAUAAACAUUAUUGGUUCUAAACUGAACGUUAAUGAAUUACUUACCACUUUAUUUUGUUUUAGCCAAAUUUUAUCUUAUUUACCCGCGCAUCAUCAUGUUCUUUACUCAACGUCAUUCAGAAAGUUAUGACGUCACAAUGUUUACGUUGGAAAAUAAUCAAAUAAUUCUGAUCAAAGAAUACAUACGUCUGGAAACACUCGACCAUCACAGAAACAUCGGAAAAUAUCAAGUUCUAAUCUGAAUACAUCUGUAACAAUGGAUGUUGAUGUCGACAACGAUCUUCAGUGUCCCAUUUGUCUGGAACUUUACACAUAUCCUAUCAUUCUUCCAUGCUCACACGUGUUGUGUCGUUCGCCAUGCGCAGAACAGCUGUUUGACUUCAACUUUAUACGCUGUCCGGUUUGCCGGGAUAAUUGUUAUGUUAGUGGAGGCAUUUCAAGUCUACCAAGAGUUAUAGCCCUAGAAAAUAUUAUAGAACGGUAUAAAAGUGAACAGAAAAAAGACGCAAGUUCGUCUUCAACGAAAACUAUUUUGAAGCAGACAACAACUAGUGCUCAGGCAAGUCAUUCUGACACGAAUGAAAAUUUAGCUAAAUCCUUGUCUUUAUUAAAUAGCAGUGUUACAACACUAUCGUCUUUAACGGAAUCCUUUAAAACUGAGUCAGAAAUUAAGUGCCAAAAUUGUAAAAGUGCUGCAACGAGAAAACGAGCGAAAAAGUAUUGCACUACAUGUGACAGUAAUUUUUGUGCAACAUGCUUGCGACAAAACCAUCCAAACAAAGAUCCAUUUACUAACCAUGAGUUCACGGAGCCUAGACAACAUUCAUCCAAUAAAGAAUCUUCAAAAUCUGCAAAAAGCAGACCUGCUGGUGCUUCAUCUAGUUCUUCAUACAGAGACGUAAUAGACUGCUACUGUACAUUAUGUACGCAGCCAUUUUGUUCCGGUUCAGAUGACAGAUUGGUACACAAUAGUCACUCGGUUCUACCAAUCGAACACGCCUAUAGAGACUUCAAGAAUUCCAUUGAAGAUAAUACUGAAAAAUUAUCCAGUAGCCAGUCAAAGGUAGUUACAAGUCUGAAAGACCUCAAGGAUGGACUCAAAGACGUCCAGCACGUGCUAUCGCGGAGGCGGGACGAGAUCAAUAUACAGUGUGAUAUGCUGCUAGCGGAAAUAGAGAAUAAAAGAAGUUAUUUUCUGGCAGACCUGGAAUAUGAGGAGAGAAUCCACACGAACAGUAUUGAGGACAGUAUAAAGAGACUAGAGAAAGUUCUCGGCGCCUCUCAGGGUCUACAAGGUUAUGUUAAGGAUGUUAUUAGCUCGGAGAAAGCGCCGUUUUUAGAAAUUGCGAGCACUCUGAAUGAACGUAUUCAGAAGGCCACAUUAGACUGUGAAAGCGCAAGUAAGAUGUUGCCAUUGGACACAGAUAGUCUUAAUUACAAGGUCGUUGACUGCCGAAGAGAAAAAGUGCUCCUUAAUGAAAUUCACUAUCUGAGUCCACCCUCCACGCCUAUUGUCGAUGUGACGCGGUGCUCACGGAGUGAGAACGCGGUGAUUCUUGCAUUAUGCCCGCCAACAAAUGUCCACGAAGUGGUAGAUCAGUAUGAAGUCCAUUUCUGCUCAGAGGAACAAAAGAAUGUUGAAUUAGAGGAGACAGUAAUUGUGAAGAAUUCAGUAGAAGACAGUUCAUCAACGAAGAUCUCAGCCAAUGCCUCUGGUGUCUUGGUGCUUCUGCUAGAAAACCUUUGCCGAUCUGCAACCUAUUAUUUCUGUCUUACCGCUAGUAAUACCGCUGGGAAGUCUGGUAGUUCGGAGGUCGUACAAUGCACUACCUUAGCCGACGGUGAAAACGUUAUACCAGCUCCGGCAAUUACAGAGAGACUUUGCAAGCGUUUUACGUCGUCCAUUCAGAUAUUUUCAUCGAGUCCGGUAGAUGUCGCUACAGAGCAAAAGAUUUCUCACUUCCUGUUGUAUCGUCAACCAUCACAGAAUCGGGUAUGGAAGUGCGUGUCUAUGUACGGACGCGAGGAACACCGAGUGUUUGGACUGGCGCCCAGCACUGAAUACGAAUUUGUAAUUCUUGCGUAUAACCAGCGUGGAGAGUGUCAGUUGUCAAAUAAAAUUGUUUUAGAGACGGAAUCAUCGUCAAGUUACUAAAAGACGUCCAUGCAAGACUUUUAGAGAAAUAAGGGAGAUAGUCAAUGAUAAAGCAAUACGCUCGUUAGACAUACAAUGUUACUCAUUUUUAUAAAAACUUGAACCCAACUGUGGUUGAUACUGAACCAUGCAUGGUACUUUAAUUGCUUGCUGUUAGUCUGUUUAGUAAGGCUGGUCUACAGAAUCCGUUCUUUAGAUGGUAUCUAUUUUCCGAGAAAUAUUAAGAUGGAAAAACCUACUAGAUCUGCAUAUACUUGCAAAUUUGAUUAAUUAUAGGAUGCUAAAACUGUUACUUUUCUCUGAGAACUUUUUACCUCAUAGUUCAAAGAGCAUCAGUAUUUAUUGUUAUUUAUUUAUUUAUUUGAUUGACAGAUUUUUCUGAUAUACUCCGCUAGUCACUGUAGAAUUGCUUGGGUUGUUUAUGUGAUAAAAGCGUUAUUUUAUGAAAAUGUUAACAGUUACAUUGUACUGUGGUAUAUACAUCAGUCAGAAACUGUGCCUUAUCUGUGAUAACCUGACGUGCACUGUUUUUAUAUCUGCAUUACACGUGCAUUUCUGUUUGUUUCACGGUUGUUGUCUAAGGAAUGUUGUUUCUGCGUCAUGUUUAUUAUUCAUGUAUACAUGUAUUUUAAAAAAAACAUAAUUGUAAAGGUAAUAGCCUCGUAAUGCCACUGGGCAAUUUCCGUAUGAUUAUGUAGUCUCCUGAUGCAUUCGGCAUUCUUCGGAGGAAAAUGUAGCUGAACGCGCACAUGAUUUUCUGUAAAAAGCCGGAGAAUGCCGGAAUCACAGGCAGUUACGUAGUUUGCCGAAAUUCAUUAAGGAACCACUGCAUUAACGUUAUGUAUCUUUACAUUUGGAACUAAUGUUUUGAGUCGUGUAUUUCUGUUUUCUCGAGUUCUGAAGCAAAGUUGAAUACCAGAACUGUAUAAUUUGAUACAGAGGUUAGUAAUUAUUUAUUCUUGGGCUAAUAAUGUAUGAAUAUAUUCUUGCACAGAUUUUGCUGUUAUUUUGCACUAUUAUAUCCAAUGCUUGAUUGUAGUUUAUCACUGCCAAUGUUAUCUGUAAUCUUGAAUGUAGGGAAGGAUUUAGCUUUUAUUGUGCCAUUGUUUGCUGAUAGUAAAAGUUAACGAAAAUUA